UUUUAAUCUCUCUUGCAAAGGCAGUGGUCAAGGUGAGACGUGUGUUGAAUUUAGCUUAUGGUGAUAAAUCGGCCCUGCUUCAAUAGAAAAAAUUAUCCAUUAAUAUCUACAACAUCUUUAAAACAAAUUAAACAUCAAAAAUGUCAAACAACCAUUGGAACAAUAGCCGUGGUGAAAACGGUGGUUCCAAAUUCGGAGGAGGGGGCAAGUUCGGAGGUAAUGGAACAUCACGAUUUAAUCAUGGAGGCUCUAAAUUUGGUGGUGGUGGUGGGGGCAAGUUUGGCGGCGGAGGAAAGAAAGAGUUUUCCGGAGGCCAAAGUAUGAGACGACCAAACUGGGACACAAUGUCCUUACAACCGUUUAACAAAGAUUUCUACAACCCGCCACCAUCAGUCCUAAACAGAUCACCAUAUGAGGUUGAGGAGUACAGAAACAAGCAUGAGGUUUCCGUCAGCGGAGCCGAUGUUCCUAACCCGAUACAGCAUUUUGAAGAAGGAAACUUCCCAGACUAUGUUAUGAAAAGCAUUUCAAGCAUGGGUUACAAUGAGCCCACGCCUAUCCAGGCUCAAGGGUGGCCGAUUGCCAUGUCUGGAAAGAAUUUAGUUGGUAUUGCACAGACUGGAUCUGGAAAAACACUGGCGUACAUUCUGCCUGCCAUUGUUCAUAUCAAUAACCAACAGCCCGUAAGAAGGGGUGACGGUCCAGUUGCACUUGUUUUGGCGCCAACUAGGGAAUUAGCACAGCAGAUACAACAGGUUGCCACAGAUUUUGGUAAUGCCGCAUAUGUGCGUAACACGUGCGUCUUUGGUGGUGCACCUAAGAGGGAACAAGCCCGUGAUUUGGAGAGAGGGGUUGAAAUUGUGAUUGCUACCCCUGGAAGGUUAAUUGAUUUCUUAGAAAAGGGUACAACAAAUCUUCAAAGAUGUACUUAUCUAGUGCUUGAUGAAGCUGAUCGCAUGUUGGACAUGGGUUUUGAGCCUCAAAUACGAAAGAUCAUAGAGCAGAUUCGCCCUGAUAGACAAACUCUCAUGUGGUCGGCCACAUGGCCUAAAGAGGUUAGAAAAUUAGCUGAAGACUAUCUUGGUGACUAUGUCCAGAUUAACAUUGGAUCAAUGCAGUUAUCUGCAAAUCACAACAUUCUUCAAAUUGUUGAUGUGUGUCAAGAACAUGAGAAAGAAAAUAAGUUAAACACUUUACUACAAGAAAUAGGUCAAAGUCAAGAUCCAGGUUCAAAGACGAUCAUAUUUGUGGAGACAAAGAGAAAAGUUGAAAAUAUCACUAGAAAUAUUAGACGUUAUGGCUGGCCAGCGGUUUGCAUGCACGGUGACAAGACACAGCAGGAAAGAGAUGAUGUCUUAUAUCAAUUUAAACAAGGAAGAGCCAACAUACUUGUUGCAACAGAUGUAGCUGCCCGAGGACUUGAUGUUGAUGGUAUCAAAUAUGUAAUUAACUUUGAUUACCCAAAUUCAUCUGAGGACUACAUUCACCGGAUUGGAAGAACGGGGAGAUCCAAAUCAAAAGGCACGUCAUACGCCUUCUUCACACCUUCAAAUUCCCGUCAAGCUAAAGACCUUGUAUCAGUGCUUCAGGAAGCCAACCAGGUUGUUAGUCCUCAAUUGCAAACCAUGGCUGACCGUUGUGGAGGUGGUGGUGGAGGAGGAUGGAACAGGAAUAGGUUUGGAGGUGGUCGAGGAGGAGGUGGAUCAUUCAAGAGAGGAUCAAACUUCGGCAGGGGCAGUGGAGGCCAGGGGGGUGGCGGCGGACACAAGAGAUUUAAUAAUGAAUAUGAUUAUUAAGCAUUAAUGUAAUAGUUUAAUUAAGCUAAUCCUCAUAGGAAUAAUAUCUAAGUGUGUGCAUGUCUGUUGUUAUCUUUAAAGAAAAUCCAAAUACAAGCUUUUAUUUUCUGUAUCAGGAUUUUAACAAUCCUAACUUUAUGAAGAUUUUAAAUAGAAUUUCUUUUGUUAAAUGGUAUAGUCUGAAUGAACAUAUGUGUUAAUUUAAUUUUUACUGUGAUAUUUUGGUGAGGAUGAGCUAAAUGUUAUUUAUUUCUUAAACCGUACACCUGCCCUGCAAUUUGUCUUUAUUCUUUUGUAAAUUAUUGACCUGACCCAAGUUUGUCAUUCCAAAAAAGAUUGAAUUGGUUAAUAAACCAUUAUUAUAUAAAUAAUAA